AUGGAUCCAGCACUUGUGAAACUGUCUCCAUUGGUCUUUGGCUUGAUGCUGCUGCUGACACUGCACCAAAGCCACUCUUCUGCUGACAGCUUGAGGGACGCUCUGGACGACUGUUUGAAGGACAAUGACUAUGAUAAACUGAUGGGCAUUGCCAAAAAUGGCCUCCCAAAGAUACAAAAACGUCAUCAUGUUGCUAUUGUUGGAGCUGGUAUGGCUGGACUGACAGCAGCAAAACUACUGCGAGAUGCAGGACAUAAGGUCACCAUAAUAGAGGCCAGCGAACGUGUUGGUGGACGAGUGGAAACAUACAGGAAUUAUGAGGAGGGCUGGCAUGCAGAAAUUGGGGCCAUGAGGAUCCCAAGUUUUCACUCCAUUGUCCUUACCUUUGCUAAAAAGCUGGGCGUGGAGCUCAGGGACUUCAUCAUGGAUGACAAUAACACAUAUUACAUGGUUAAUGGCGUGAAGAGAAGGAAUUAUGAAGUGAAAGAAAAUCCUGACAUUCUCAAAUAUGACGUGAACGAGAAUGAGAGAGGGAAGUCAGCCGAAAAACUGCUACUACAAAGUCUGCAUGAGGUUGAGAAGGAAAUUAAUGAAUCUGGCUGUGAGAGGGCACUACAGAAAUAUGACCAUUAUUCUGUAAAGGAGUAUCUGAAGGUGGUAGCAGGUCUGAGCCAUGAAGCCAUCAGGAUGAUUGGUGAUCUCCUUAAUGAGCAGAGCCUCAUGUAUACUGCUCUGAGUGAGAUGCUCUAUGACCAAUCAGACGUCAAUGACACCACCAAGUACUAUGAGAUGACUAAUGGGACUGACUGUCUACCUAAUGCUUUCGCUCAAAGUCUCAAAGACAUCAUACUUCUGAAGUCUAAGGUUCGGCGUAUCAUCCAAUCAGAGGGUGGUGUCACUGUACAAUACCAGAAAGAUCAGGUCUUUCCUUUGAAGAUCCAAUCUGAUGCUGUCCUGGUCACAACCACAACCAAAGCAGUUCUUUUCAUGGACUUUGAGCCACCUCUUUCCAUAAAAAAGAUGGUGGCCUUGAGGACAGUCCACUACGACAGCGCCACCAGAAUUACCCUUACGUUCAGUGAGAAGUUCUGGGAGAAAGAUGGGAUCAAAGGAGGAAAGAGCAUCACAGACCGACCCUCUCGUUUCAUCUACUACCAGAGCCACAGCUUCCCAAAAAACGACACCAUCGGUGUCAUCCUGGCCUCCUACACCUGGUCUGAUGAUUCCCUCCUCUUCCUUGGUGCCAGUGAUGAAGAGCUGAAGGAGGUGCUUCUGAGAGAUUUGGCUGAGAUCCAUGGUGAGCAUGUCCGCUCUCUCUGUACUGGUAUAAUGGUGAAGAAGUGGAGUCAGGAUCCAUACAGCCUUGGGGCCUUUGCUCUCUUCACACCUUAUCAGCACUUGGAGUACGCUGACGAGCUCUUCAAGAGGGAAGGCAGGGUUCAUUUUGCUGGUGAGCACACAGCCUUCCCUCAUGGUUGGAUCGAAGCAUCUAUGAAAUCUGCAAUCAGGGCAGCUGCAAAUAUUAAUGCGGAGGCACUAAUGGGUUCUGAGACAAAUGAGGAGCGAGACGAGCUCUAA